AUUUUGAUUUUGCCAUUUGCCAAAUUAUGGGAAUCGUAGACAUCGCCAGUGAAAAGAUUAGUAGAAAUUAGGUUGAAAUUUUUGGAUUUCACUACUGAUCAGAUUUAUUCUAUCAACUUCUGCUGUCUGAUUAACUUUAAAACAUUUACAAAAGUUAUUAGACUUGAAAAUGUCAGCACACGAGCAAAUGAGGGCUAUGCUAGAUCAGCUUAUGGGCACAGCUCGAAAUGGUGAAAGUGACAGACAUGGGGUAAAAUUUUACGAUGAUUCUGUAUGCAAAUCAUUUUUGUUGCAAUGUUGUCCACAUGAAAUACUGUCAUCCACCCGUAUGGAUUUAGGUGAGUGUCCCAAAAUACAUGAUCUGGCUCUACGGGCGGACUAUGAAAUAGCUUCCAAGACCAAAGAUUAUUUCUAUGACAUUGAUGCUACAGAGCACUUAGAGGCGUUUAUAGCUGAUUGUGAUCGUCGAACUACUGCUGCUAAGCAACGUCUGGCGGAGACACAAGAAGAACUGUCAGCAGAAGUGACCGAGAAAGCCAAUGCUGUUCAUGAAUUGGCAGAGCAAAUAGGGCAGAAACUGGCUCGGGCUGAGGCACUCGGAGAAGAGGGUAUGGUCGAGGAGAGUGUCAAAUUAAUGGGAGAGAUUGACGAACUCCGCAAAAAGAAAGCUAUCGCCGAGCAAGACUAUCGUAAUUCCAUGCCCGCUUCGUCCUACCAACAGCAGAAAUUACGAGUUUGCGAAGUUUGUUCAGCCUAUCUUGGCAUUCACGACAAUGAUAGACGUUUGGCCGAUCAUUUUGGAGGAAAAUUGCAUCUCGGAUUCAUAACUAUUCGUGAAAAAUUAACAGAAUUAAAGAAAACUGUGGACAAGCGACGCGAAGAGCGCGGCGCGUCGGAGCGCGAGCGGAGCAGCGGGCGGCGGCACUACGUGGGCGGGCGGGAGCUCGACAGGCGCGCCCGCCGGCACCGCGAGUCCGCGCGCGACCGCGACGGCCGGCACAAGGACGACCGGGAGCGCGGGGACAAGGAACGCGACCGGACCGACAAAGAUCGCGAUCGUGGGGACAAGGAGCGCGACCGGGAACGCGAACGUGACAGGAAGCGUAGCCGAUCACGGAGCCGAAGCAGACAUGAGAAUUCCCGAGAGAGAUCCCGCGGCCACGACACCCGCGAGCCCCGCCGGAGCCGCUCGCAUCGCUCGUCGUCACGCGACCACCGCCGCGACUAACUUCCACUGACACCCGUAUACAUAUCUACGAACCCGUCAAAUCGAAUUCUGAAGGUCUUUUUGGGAUGGUAUUUAUUGUAUUCCUAUAUAGAUGAGAUAAAUGAGAUAAACUUGACAAUUUAUAACGCACUGCAAGUGAAUGGAUGAACUAGAAAAUGGUCUUGCAAAUAAGUGACUGACUUUAGUAGCUUUCAAACUAUAACUUACAUCACAUAUUAAAAUACGUUGAAGACCAAAACAGUGCCUUCGGAAUUGGUCCUGACGAGUGAGUGACACAAUGAAGUGAUGAAUUUUCCAAAUUUUUUUUUAGAAUAUUCGGAUAUAUGGAAAGUUUGUCAUGACCAUAGGUUAGUUGACUGAAAUUCAGAUUCUAAUAAAAGCUUGCCAUAAAUAGUGCCGAUCAAUGACAUAUUUUCAAUAUCGAUACGCGAAUUCACGAUACGCUUUCUAUGCGCUGUAAAGUUUAUAUAUACACACUGAGAAAGGAGAUAGGGAAUUAGCUCGCAAUGCCAACCAAAACUUAUUCUGUAUAUAUUACGUACAAAUUCAUACUAUGUAUAUUAUUAAACGUAUUAUUUGAACUAAGCCCAUGUUUUUAAUUUACAACAUCAGUCAACUGUCCUAUUCAAUAAAAGCUUUGUAAUGAAUCAUUGAAUUUGAGUGAUUUGUGUAGUUAUCUAGUUGUUAACUCGAGUUUUAUUUGCAUUCACUAGUAUGCAAUAAUAUUCGGUUUAGUAAAUAGGUUUUUUAAAGUAAAUGUAGGGUUAAAUAUCUGAACUUAAUUUUAAGUGUCAUAAUUAAAUAUAAUUGUUUAUGGGAUUGGUAAUGAUAAAGUUACUUACCCUUGAGAAAUAAUAUAAACAUUGAAUUUGUGUUAAUGAUAAACGAACCUAUAAAGCGUGUGCGAUUUGGAGAAACUUGUUUUUAUUUGUUGCAAUAAAGUAGUACUACUAAGACAA